AUGAUCGAUGCUGUGACGGCGGCGAGACUCUACCAAGUCCCGAGCGUCUACCGGGUGCUCAGCGAUACUACGCGAGCACCAGGCGCAGACAAUGCCUACCUCACAUACGCGAUAUGGGCGCUUGCCGGCAUGCCCUUCCGGGUGGCCGAGGCGGCCAAGGCGACCCUGGCGUAUCCAAUCGCGUUCGCGGACAAGUACAUCGUGGAUACCCUCAAGGAGCUGGUACCUGCGGAAUGGACGCGCCUCCUCGAGUUCCAUCUACGGCGUAUCGCGGGAAUUCGUCGCGUUCACGCCGGAAAGUGGCUCAGGGAUUCCACGGAGUAUCACCUCGCACACGAGUAUACGGAGUCCUCUCAGCCGCACCUCAAGCCCGAAUGGACCGCAUGCUCGGAGCCGUGUAUGGAACUGGACGCGCUGAUCGGAGGGAUGUAUGCCAAGGCCGACAGCAUGGAGGAGAUUGUGGCCGUGAAGAAGAGGGAUUAUGGCCUGGAGUGCUCGGCUUGUAUCGAUUGCGCCUCGCGUUGGUAUGAUAAGGCCGUGGAUGAGCUGGUAGAGUUCGCUGGGGAGUAUUAG